AUGGAAAGUAGCGGCGAAACUGCCCCUUCGGAGAACCCCGUACAGCGCCGUGGACGCCCUCGAAAACGGCCAUUGAAUGCUUGUUCCACUUGUCGAGCGAGGAAGGUCAAGUGUGAUGCUCGUCCCAAUGGCUGUGAGAACUGCGAAAAUCUAUCGCUGAGUUGCAUUCAGGAGACAAUCACAGCGGGCCAAAUUGAACGCCCUCGUUCCAGCACUAAUAACAAACGUAAAAGGACGUAUCGUGUUUGUGUUCCCUGCCGCCAAGGUAAGCUCAGAUGUUCGGGUGCGCGACCGUCAUGUUCCAGAUGCGACCAAAAACACACGACCUGCGUCUAUGAUGCUUCAUCGGCGGUAGAACCAGUGUGGGCACGAAUUCUCCCACGGGUAGCAAGCCCCAUUGAACAAAAUGUAUCUGCAGCAUCCCCUUCGAAUUGUUCCCCUCUCCGCCAGGAUGGUGGGGUCAGUUCUCCACAGCCGCAACCAGCCACUUUUCCGCCUUCACUUGAGUGGUUGCUUGCACCCGAUUUGCCGAGCGGUGCAAGGCUUCGGAGCUUGUUGGACGCAUAUUUUGACAACAUCCAUCCAAUUCGGGCUUUUGCGUUUGUUCAUCGACCAACCUUCAUGCGCAUGAUGGACGAGGGUCUCUUCACCGACAAUGCAGACCGGGCCCUCUUGCAUAUCAUGUGUGCGCUAGGUGCGCGAUUCUACGCUCUUGACUAUAGCGAGUCUACAGCGCCUCUUCCCUGUAAUAGGACGCAGAAUGCCGGUGGUCAAUGGGCCAAGGUUGCUGAAAACCUAUUUUUUGCCGAGUACAGUACAAUUUCCAUUGUGAAGUUGAAAGUCCUCGUACUACUCCAUGAUUAUGAAGCUCGAGUUGGUAAUUAUGCUGGCUCGUUUCUCCUUACUGGUCUUAUAGUUCGCAUGGCACAUGCCCUUCAACUCAACAAAGAGCCCUCCACAGAUAUUCUCUGCAAAGGUCAUACAGGUGCUUCGAACGAGGUGUCAAUGCGAGAAUCGCGAAGACGAUUAAUGUGGGCGUGUUACGUGAUUGAUGUGUGGGCCGGGAGCGGCGUGGAUCGUCUAACAAUCUUGAACGAAAAAGAUAUCACGCUCCAGUUGCCAUGCAAUGAGCGUCUGUUUCUCCUGCAGAUCCCCAACGUCACCGAAUGCCUUCAACCAGGCCGAAUUUUAAAUUUCGUCCCCGCUGAUGAGAUCCCCGAGAAGCCAUUGGAGAACAUGGGCAUGUCUGCCUACUAUCUACGAAUAAUCCACAUCUGGCAAAGGGUAUUAAGAUACAUCAAACAUCUGGAUGGGGUGCAACCACCAUGGGUACUGGGAGGAGAAUUUGCCCUCAUGCACGAGGAGAUAAACGUCUGGAAAAAUAGCCACCCGCCCUGGAUGGAUUUCUCCCCAGACAAUAUCUACAUCCGACGCGCGUCGUCACAACUGGGGUCUCUCUUCCUGCUCCAUUGCAUGUAUCAUCAUGUAUUAUGUGAUCUGCAUCGGGUCUCUCUUCCUGAUCUUUUCAAGAUUCGCCAGCCCUUUGUCUUCCCACCGGAACAAUGCCAGCUCAUGGCGCACAUGCAGUUUAUUUGCUAUGACAACGCACGGCAGAUUUCUACUCUCGUAACGACCGUAUUGAAGCAUGGCGUGAAGUAUCUCGCCGACGCAAUCGUACCUUCAUUAGUGUAUAAUAGCAGCCGUAUUAUGCUUUACUACAUUGCACAUGCAGUCGACCCUACAAAGCCAGAGUCGAUGGCAAUCUUCGACGAGACCAUUGAGUUUGUGCAGAACAACAACAUGGCCUUGCAAGCAAUGUCACAGAUGUAUCCCAUCGCCGAGCCGCUGUAUGUCACAACAGAAGACUGGCUGAACAAAGUGCGUGAGGGAGUUGCCCACGGACAAGCCACAGCAUAUAUAGCUCCGCAAGAUCCUUCAGAUCCAACUGCACACGAAUCUGAAACUCGAAGUAAACAAACGACAUCACCGCUCCCGUCACAGACGACAAGCUUGCAGGUUAUAGAUCCUUCCCUCCAUGGGCUCGGUGACCCCCAGAUUGAACCCUCCUCAGUAGCGGUUGCUCCGUAUCCCGCCUACGUUGAUGGGGCACCAGAGGACCAAUACCCCGCAGAACAUUCACCUUCUAUAUCCAUACCACCCAAUCUACUAGCUGAAACACACAGUGACACCAACGGCGCGCUCCCUGCCCCCUACCUCCCGGAUAUGCAGAGCCUCGAACCCCCAAUCUUCGACCUCCAUUCGCUGCAGAACUUUUUCGAGUGGGAGAGUGGCGGGGAUGCACAGGUGCCUCCAUCCGGGUUGGAGGCUUUGGGAAUAUUAGGCUGGGACAACUUAUCGGGUGUGCAGUAG